AUGGUGGUAUCAAAAUUAUGUUUAGUGUUUCUUGUUGUUUUCAUUUACAGUUCUGAUUGCAUUAAAGAUGGUAAACCUGUAUCUACAGAUAAAAGAUACGUGGUAUACUUAGUGAAAGCACCAAAGUCAGCCAAAGUAUACGACUUUUGGCUGUGUGGGGGUGCCAUAGUGUCAACUUUAUUUAUAGUGACAUCAGCAGCAUGCGUUGAUGAUGUGGAGUUCAUGUAUGCUAUAGCGGGGUACAAAAAUUACGUCAUCGACAAAGAUAUUGCGAAAGAUGCUUGUAUAAAAGAAAAGAAAAAGAAAAUUGUAUACACUUGCGUUCCUAUGAAAUAUGAACUAAAUUACUUACAAGUUGAGAAAUGGUCAUUCAUAGACAUAGCUUUGGUGAAAGUAGAAUCACCAUACGAUUUCAAUGAUCAGUCAUAUACUAAAGUAUGUUCGUAUAUACCAAGUGCAAUUGCUAUAAACUAUGAGCCUAAAUUUCAACGUCCUGGUCUUGAUGCCUUAGUAUAUGGAUGGGGACAUACAGAAAAAUGGAGGGAAGUAGGCGACCACGCUAAUUACAACCAAAAAGAAAUGCGGUAUGCUGCUACAAAAAUUAUAGACAAAACAACGUGCAAAAAACAUUACAAAGUUUAUCCAAAUAUGAGUGAAGUGAUAGACAGCUUCAUGAUAUGCACUCUAGCUCAAGGUGAACUCAGUGACAAGGGUGAACUCAUUCUAAUUGGACCACCUCAACCAAAAGCUGAUGGGUGUGGGACUCAACUGUCGGGUCCCACGAAUCUCAAUGAAUACUCAUCACCAUGCGAUAAAAAUGGACAAGAUGAUUUAGACGAUGCUUUGCUCGACGUCACACGCAGAAAAGAUACACUCAAUGAAACAGUUGAUAACAAACCUGCAGAAAAAAUAAACAAAACCAAUUACGAACCCAAGAAUCACCAAUCAAGGAAACAUGGCAUUUGUCAGAAUGACCACGGAGGACCACUGGUCACUUGGGUUGGAGGUAAUGAGGUUCUCAUAGGAGUAGCCUCAGUGUUCAAAGUGUCAGAUGAUUUCAAGUGCAUGGGUCCAUACUUGUUUACAAGUACACAGUGUAAUGGUGCCUUUUUAGAUUGCAUAUUGUCUGGUGGUACUCCAAAUACAGAAAAAAGAGCGAGUCGUGCUAUUUGUGACAUGCCACCGAUACAGAGGGGCUACGAUACAGUCGAACGAUUUAUAUCCUGGAAAAAUCAUCCUGCAGGACCCGCUGAAAACGAAAGAACCAGUGAAGAAAAUACAAGGCCUAAGAAAAAAAACAAUUUUGCAAACUUUGUAAAGUUAGCGGUGGCUUCGUUGGCUGUGAAUAGCUCAGUGGCAGUCAGACCACAAAAACCUCUCCAUGAUGAUAGUGAUGGUACAUAAAACAACUCAAAUAUUUUUUAUUGUCUAUUAAAGGUGCA